GCUUCCGGUUACACCGCGAGCGGGUGUGAGUGAAUGUAGUGGGGCUUUUAUGACUGAAUAGUGUGGAUUUAGCCUCGAUCUGCUUGUUCUGCGAGUGUCUGCAGUGAUCAGGAGUGUGUAUUCCUGCGACAGUAGAAGAGCGAUGGGCUUCCGUAAGAAGAACAAGAGUCCGCCCGUGCUGAGCCACGAGUUUGUCAUCCAGAAUCACGCGGAUAUGGUGUCGUGUGUGGCCAUGGUCGUCCUGCUGGGACUCAUGUUCGAGGUGACAGCAAAGUUCGCCAUCAUGUUCAUCACAGUCCAGUAUAACGUCACGCAGAGCCUGGAAACAGAUGCAGAGGACAAGCCUGAGCCGGUGAACCUCUACAGGUACGGCCCGCGGGACAUCGCCACGGUGUUCUUCUACCUGCUCAUCGCCGUCAUCCUGCACGCCCUGAUCCAGGAGUACGUCCUCGACAAAAUCAAUCGCCGGCUGCACCUGUCCAAGACCAAACACAGCAAGUUCAACGAGUCGGGACAGCUGGCCUCCUUCUACCUGUUCUCCUUCGUCUGGGGCGUCAGCAUCCUCACCAAUGAAGAAUUUGUGACCAAUCCGACCUUUCUUUGGGAAGGCUAUCCUCAUAUCCACAUGGCUUUCCAGGUGAAGUUCUUCUACAUCUGCCAGAUCGCCUACUGGCUCCACGCUCUUCCUGAACUGUAUUUCCAGAAAGUGCGGAAGGAAGAUAUUCCACGUCAGCUCUACUAUAUUUGCCUUUAUAUAUUCCACACCACUGGUGCCUAUGUCCUCAAUCUCCACCGUUUAGGUCUGGUCCUCCUGGUGCCGCAUUACCUGGUAGAGCUGCUGUUUCACGCCUCACGCCUCUUCUACUUCAGUGAUGAAAACAAGCAGAAAGGGUUCACACUGUGGGCUCUGCUGUUUGUCAUCACCCGCCUCCUGACACUCACUGUUUCUGUUUUGACGUUCGGAUUCGGCCUGUCCCGCACAGAUAACCAGGGGUUUUCCUUAGCGGAUGGAAACUUCAAUGUGCUCACUGUCAGGAUGACCUGUCUGUCGGCCAUCUGCCUGACCCAGGCCUGGAUGAUGUGGAAAUUCAUAAACUUCCAGCUAAAGAAGUGGAGAGAACAAACUCAAAUCCAGGCCAGUAAGAAGAAAGCUGUCAGCCCGAAAAGCAGACCCAGCAAGAAGGACUCCAGAGGGGGUUCAGUGAAUGGAGUCAUGAAGCCGGACGACAAGACGUCGCCCAGAGCCAGAAAAGCUAAAGCCUCGUAAAAGGGGAAGAGGCCCGAAGUGUGAUGCUCUGUUUCCACUCUGAACUGUAGGAAAGAAACAGAUUGAUAACUGCGAAACGAACCACAAACUAAGGAACUAAGUUGUACGGCAUGGUUCAGGUGUAAUUUUUCAUUUUCAAAAAGAACUAUAGAUUUAUAAGCAUUCGUUAUAUCCAUUUGCUCGUGACUUCUGGUAAGAGUGUGAGGUUUUCUGAAUGGUUUGUGCUGGACAUGAAGA